AUGGUGGGCAAGAAGAGAUGGUUGUUCUUUAAGAGAAUGAAGAAAGAGUCAUGGAGUUUGAGGUGGAAGUACUUGGGGUCUGCCUUCAAGUUUAGGCCGCUGAAUCUGCAGCUGUCGUUCUAUGAUGAUGUGAUUUUCAAGAUUGUUUCUGCGUUUGAGGCUAUAGUUUUGCUGCUCAGCGUCUGUUUCUUCUACCUCUUCUGCGGAUGCAAGUUUUGA